CGGGCUUACAAGCCCUUCCCAAACACCCCUCUGUAUCUACACGGUUUGUACCAUAUUCCUGUCAUUUUUUAAGUUGUACAAACUCAUCAUUUCAUCCAACUUGCCUUACCGUGACUUAGUUGGUGGGAGUCUAAGACGGCAGUCCAAGUCUUAUACACAACGUCAGAAAACAAAACAAGAGCAACGAGAGUAUAGAAAAACAAGAAAGCUCAGAAUUUGGUGCUAAAGCUAUUGUCUCAGUAAUUUGGACGCAACAAUAUGGCAAUCAAGUCUGAGAUCGCAGAGGAUGUGACUCAACUAAUAGGAAACACUCCUAUGGUAUAUCUUAACAAAGUCGUAGAUGGCUGUGUAGCCCGUGUUGCUGCUAAGUUAGAGAUGAUGGAACCAUGUUCUAGUGUAAAAGACAGGAUUGGGUAUAGCAUGAUUAAGGAUGCAGAGGACAAAGGCCUGAUCAUCCCUGGAAAGACGGUGCUCAUCGAGGUCACCAGCGGUAACACUGGUAUAGGAUUAGCAUUCAUUGCGGCCUCAAAGGGUUACAAACUUAUUCUGGUUAUGCCAGAAAGUUAUAGCCUUGAGAGAAGAAUUAUUUUAUUAGCUUUAGGAGCAGAGCUGUACCUGACUGAUAAAACCAAGGGUGUUGCUGGGGUUUUAGAAAAAGCCGAAGAGAUACUUGAAAGGACGCCAAAUGGUCACUUUCUAAAGCAAUUUGCGAAUCCUGCAAACCCAAAGAUUCACUAUGAGACUACUGGUCCAGAGAUAUGGACUGGAUCUGAAGGUAAAGUUGAUGCUUUUCUUGCCGGAAUAGGCACCGGAGGAACUGUAACUGGUGUUGGGAAAUUCUUAAAGGAGAAGAAUCCAAACAUAAAGGUGUAUGGUAUUGAACCAACUGAAAGUGCUAUCCUCAAUGGAGGACAGCCUGGGCCACAUGGAAUUCAAGGUAUUGGUGCUGGUUUCAUCCCUGAUGUUUUGGACAGGAACAUUCUUGAUGAAGUGAUUCAAAUAUCGACUGAAGAAGCAAUUGAAACUGCUAGACUUCUUGCACUGAAAGAAGGUUUACUGGUGGGCAUUUCAUCUGGGGCCGCAGCAGCUGCUGCAAUAAAAUUAGCAAAGCUGCCAGAAUAUGCUGGAAAACUCAUUGUUGUUAUUUUCCCCAGUUUUGGAGAACGUUAUCUAUCUACUGCAAUGUUUGAUUCUGUGAGGCAAGAAGUAGAAAACAUGACAGUUGAAUGAUUAAGGGUAUCUAGAUAUUGAUUCGUACCUGCAUUUUAUUUUCAUUAUGUGUAAUCUGUGAUAUCUCUUCCAACACUUGACAGUGGGAUCUCAUAGAAAACAAUGCAGGUAUCGAAAAAACUUAUUAGAAGUGUAGACUAUAUAUAAACCUUUAGUUAUGUCGUCAUAUUUUAAACACCUGUCCGGAAAUAGGUGUGAUUGUUGACUAGAAAUGUCUGUUGUUUUCCGUAAUGCAUUCCAGUAUUGACCUUUAA